AUGCGUCACCGCUUCGACAAAUCUGGCGGUCCAAAGCAAUGUCAGAAAGACCUGGAAACGCCAGCAAAAUCAAUCCAACCAAACCAAAUCUUGAUACUUCAGUCACCAUUAGCAGACUACAAAUAUCUGGGACUGCGCGCGAGAAGUGUCAGAAGUAUCGUGUUAACUGAGAGGAUCCACGCGUACCAAGAUAUGAGCAGUGAGCAGGCCAAAUGUUUACUGGCUGCGGAAUGCAUCAAUAAUACGGUGCAGGAUGACGGUCAAGAAUUCAAAGAAGGCAAAGCAUUGAGGCUAGAAGUAAGCAUCAAGCCGCCAAAAAUAAUAUUUGAGACGACAGUAGUGACAGCCUUUCUCUUCAUGCAAUGGGAUGAAUUCCAAGUCGAGCAAUUAUUAUAA